AUGGGCGCCGUCGUCUCUUGCAUCACUGGCCUGUUCCGCGCCGUCGGCUCGUGCAUCAUGGCCGUCAUCAGCGGCAUUGGUGGCAUCCUGCACGCCAUCAUCAGCGGCGUCGUCAGCUUCCUCGAGAUCCUCGUCAGCUGCCUGACCUGCGGCUACUGCGGCGGCUCGCGACGGAGCUCGGGGGGCAUGGGGAGGAGACAUCGCGCAGUGGUAUAA